AUGACGAAAGUAUCAAUACUAAUGGGGGCUUUGGCAAUGAACAUGGCGUGGUACGUCAACAGCAAAAGCUAUGGUUCAGAAAUCAGUCCUUGAGAACUAAAGAGCUGCAUCAAGACCUGUAUUCCAGAAAAAUGAAUGCCGGAAGCUAAUAAUCUGACUGUGUGCGAGAAAGCAUGUCACAAGUAUUGUCACCGACCUGCUCAAAAUCUUACUAUGUCAUUCCUUAAUCCUUAUUGUCCAAAUGGUGGUGGGUUUAUCAAAUCUGCUUUAUGCAAGAUAUGGUGCCACAACUAUAUACACUAA